AUGAAUUCAAUGGCUUCAGCAGGCCCCAUGGCCAAUUCCAUGUUUGUGGUGACACCCCACAAUGGUUAUCCCGUGGUCCCGGGAGUCAUGUCUCAGAUACCUCGGUAUCCAAGUAACCAGCCCCAAGUCCACCUGAUUCCUGGGAACCCACCUGGCCAGACGCCGUAUGUGAGUGAGCAACCUGCCCGACCAGUCUUGAAAGAAGGCAAAGUCUUAGGGGCCCUGCAGAUCCUGAUUGGCCUGAUACACAUUGGCUUUGGCUCCAUCUUGGCGACAGUCCUCAGUGGGUACUAUAUAGCUAUCUCAUUCUAUGCAGGCUUUCCUUUCUGGGGCAGCAUCUGUUUCAACCUUUCAGGAUCCCUCUCGGUAUCUGCAGAAACACAGCCAGAAUCUUCCUGUCCGCUGAGUGGCAGCAUGGGCAUGAACAUUGUCAGUGCCAUCUCUUCUGCGGUUGGAAUCAUGCUCUUCAUCACAGGUAUAAGUAUCGCUGCCAUCACAUUUAUCUACUCAAACUCUCUUCCAUACUCCUGGGGGUGCCCUGGGAUGGCUAUUUCUUGUGUGCUGCUCGUGUUCUGCCUCCUGGAGUUCUGUAUUGCAUGCACAGCUUCCCACUUCAGCUGCCAGCUGACCUGCUAUCAAUGCAACAACGUGAGCAUGGUCUUCCCAAAUGUCUAUACAGCAAACAAAGUGGUGGUCCCAGAACCAGAGAACCCACCUCCAGAAUAUUCUACCCAAGUCCCGGGUUCCAAAUGAGCAAAGCCAAAGGUCUUGGAAGCAUCUUACACUGGGACCAAAAGAAGACCUCCCCUUUCUGGUCUUCCAGAACCUAGUUCUUCCUUUCCUGACAGUCUGAGAGAAACAUCUCUCCAACUACACACAUCCUGAACUUCAUUCUUCAACUC